AUGUGUACAACCAACUCGGGAAGUCUCAUAUCCUGUUGUGCGCAAGAAAUAUUUGGCUCAUUUGUCAAAAGCCUUCUUGCUGGUGUCACUAGUGUGGGCCGUGUUGCUGUGGAAGAAGGUCCUCGAGGCCUUUUUCUAUCCAGUAGUAUGCUCAAAGACAUAACGGAAGCCUUCGCCCGUAAUGGCCUGGGCUCAAAUGAGGAGGAGGCUCUAUCGUGCAUUCUGCCUUCGAUGAGAAACCAACUCCAAAGCGCUCCGAUCGAAGUAGCUUUGCAAAUAGCAAUAGAAGCCUUAAAGAGGAAUCAGAUUGCAAAGCACUGGCAGAGCGCAGAAGCGAUCAUGCGAUGGGCGUGGAGUAUUUGCAAACAGCCUCCAGAAGAAGUCGAAGACCAUGCAAAGGAUUAUGCUCGCUUGUCCGCAAUGACUCUGGGCGAGUUAUACAGAUCAGCACUCAUGAAUAAUACUAGCAUGGAAUUUGGCAAGGUUGGGAUCACAUGGCUGCUAGAUGAAAGCUACGAUCAAUCUAAUACCUGCUGCGAAGCCAUUCGAUGCUAUGGGAAUUUCUUGGACAGGAUUGACAAUUUGCAUACUGUUGAACAUCUCUCUCGGAUCGAAGACAACGAAGACUCAACUGCUGCCUUGUUAUACAUCUCUCAGCGUUUGCCCAGCAUGGCCCGAGUUCAGAAGGGGGAAGCCCUUUUCUCAGCAGUAGAGUGCGGCUGGGUUGAAGUUGUACUUGCUCUCCUGGUAUCCGGCGCGGAUCCGGAUUUCCAAGGCAUGGACUCAUUACCUGUGCUUUUUUACGCUGCAGAUGUAGGUUCUGCUGAAAUUGUGAAUAUCUUGAUUGAAUGGGGCGCUUCACAAUAUCAUUUCCGUUACGAACCGCCGAUCAUGUCCGCUAUCCGAGGAGGAAAUUACCCCGUUGUCAAAUCGUUGCUUGAUACCUUCGACCCUGUUCGUGCGUGGAAGCGUGAUGAAAGGACUGCAUUGCAUGCUGCGGCGGAGAGUAGUCACAAAGGCAUUGCUCAGCUUCUGAUCGAUUCCAAAAAGUUUGACUUUGAGAGCAAAGACGAAGAAGGCAAUACGCCAUUGCAUCUCGCAGCAAAUCACGGAAGAGAGGCGACCGUCGAGCUCCUGAUCAACAGUCACAGAGCCAGUAUCGAUAUUAAGAAUAGCAGGGGAGAUACCCCGCUGCAUCUGGCAAUAGGAAGUGGGCACGCAGCGAUUGUCAAGCUAGUCUUUGAUAUGUAUCAAGUGGAUCCGGCAGGUCAAGAUUUCAGCGGAGACACACCCUUGCAUCUAGCGGCAAAGAAAGGAGCAGAGUCAGUCGUCAAAUUGUUGAUUGACACCUAUCAUGUCGAUCCAGAAAGUAGAAACAGAACAGGAUGCACACCACUGCACCGUGCGGCGUGCCAAGGUCAACGAGAAACAAUUAAACUAUUGCUCGAUACGUACCACGUUAAUCCGGAAAGCAGAGAUGGUUCAGAAAGUACCCCGCUGCAUCUGGCGGCACUGUUUGGGAACAAGCGGACCAUUGAGUAUUUACUCAAUACUUAUCACGUCGACCCGAACAGCAAAGAUUCGGACGGGAGGACUCCGCUGCACAAAGCGAUAGAAAGCUGGACAGAAGGUAAUGCUGAAAUACUACUCAGUGCUGCUCAUGUCGACCGGGAGAUCAGAGACAACAAAGGAAUCACGCCAUUGCAUCUAGCCAUGGAAAGUAGGAUAUUUGAUCGUUCGCUCAGGACAGUAAGACUAUUAGUCAACACUUAUAAGGUCAACCCAGACAUCCAAGACCACGACGGAAGGACUCCGCUAGAUUAUGCAAUAGCCGCGCAAGAUAGUGACAAGGUUAAUCUCAUGUUUGAUGUUAGUAGCGAGGAGAGCCAAGCCAGGGCGUUUCGUUAUGCAGCGGAGAAUGGCUAUGAUGAGAUUGUCAAGGUUUUCAACAUGAAAAGCGGACUCUUCCUGGGAGCGAACAAUGAUGCUACAGAAUAA